AGGUGAUGAUUGACAAGCUGGGCCUGAUCCUGUAUCACCGCAGUAACGCCUGUAAACACACAGAGAGACAGACAGACAGACAGAGGAGUGUGAUGAUCAGCUGGAGAAGAAAACACUCAGACCAGUCCACAGCCCUGCUCUGAUCUCCUAACACGGCUUUAAUUCGGUUUAUUCUGUGGUUGUGAAACACUGUGUAUGAACAGAAACCAGUGUAUCACUGAUUCUGUCUGAGUUUGGGUUAAAUCAGAGGUUUUGAGUCAUUUCUGCUGUAAAACAUGAAGGUGCUCAGGCUGUAGGUCACAGACUAGAGAAAAAUCAAUGUAGAGAAGGAGAAGAAAGGCUUUUUGUUGGAAUGGAUGCACUCGUCGGCUCUCUGGAGAGGAAGGUCGAUUUCCUACAACAGCAGCACAAAGAAACCCUCAGAGAACUGCACUCAGAAAUCGAGCGCUUAACUCGACAGAAUAAAGAGCUGCAGUUUAAGCUGAUCAUGGAGCCUCUACACUCAGGCAGGAAAGGACUCAGUUACAAAGGACACAAAAAUGGAAGAGAGUCCACUACGUUUAAAACACAGAAAGGAAUUUACCUUGAUGAGAAACUAAAAGACACACACCUGCCCCCGAAUACAAACCUCAGCUGUCAGACGCUUCAAGGUGAAGCCUCAGAGACUCUAUCAGCAGCAUCAGGUGGGACUGAGUUGAUCUCAGGGGCCACAGGGGCCCUCAUCACCUCUUUACACCCAUUAAGGAUCCACUGCAACCCGUCCCAACCCCCCCGAGCCCCCACCCUGCAGGAGUGUGAGGUCCUCAUACGGCAGCUCUACAACGCCAACAGCCUGCAGUCUCAGGAGAUACUGCGCAUCAAGGCUGUUCUCAGGGAGAUAGUUCUCAACAGGAAAAUCAGCCCAGAGAAUUAUUUACUGACCAAAGCCUACCUCGCCGAUGAGAAAAGCAGAGUUGAGGAGCCAGAGAGGUUUCCACAGCUUCCUUUUCCCGGACUGACCCGAGGACUGCCCCUGUGCCAGGCCAAAACAGCCGAGAGAAUGACUCUUCCUGCCCUUAAACAAACCCUGAGCACCAGCUUCGCCGAGAGACAGAGGAGGAGCCGGGCACUGCAGAGGAACCGGUUACGCCGGACAGUAACCUGAGACCUUUAAACUUUAAGCAGAAGU